AUGCAAGAAGAAAAUGAUAGCCCGUCAGGUUCACCGGGCCCGUCGAAGAGAAGGCGAUACUCGCGCGUGAGUAGGGCCUGCAAUGAAUGUCGGCUCCGCAAGAUCCGAUGCAAUGGUAGGCAACCGUGUGAGCCGUGUGAAGACUUUGAGCGCCAUUGCACAUUUACGUCGACCAGAGGCCAGCGCAUGGCAGGAGCUCCUCGAACCAAAAUCCUCGAAGAUCGAUUGCGUCGGGCACGCGCCCUUCUAUCCACGCUUCAGGCACAAAACCCAUCUGCCCAGCUUCAUGCUGAAGUGAGCAGCAUUUUUGAUUCGCCGCCGGGCUCCCCUUCUUCCCUCUCGGACACCACGGGUCCAACGGAUGACAGCGCAGGUGACCAUUUUGAGAACAUGCUAGACGGCAAAGGUCGACUAACCUCUAGCAAAAACUCGACGGAAUACUAUGGCGGUGGCUCAGGAUUUGCAUUUCUCCAUCAAACUCAACAGCUCUUCAAUCAAGAUCCUUCCUCGAGCGAGCAAUCAACCAAUGGCCACGUUGACGUCGAUGCUAUGUCAAGCCUCUUUGACUCUCCACUCCCUGACAAGCAGGCUUUGGCAACCGAGGUCCCCUUUGUGAAGCUGUUGCCAUCGAGGCAGACGGCAACAGAGCUGCUUCACGUCGUCUUUAAACAAACCUAUCAGUUACUGCAGUUUUUACAUGAGCCGACCGUUCAGAAGCAAACUGACCGCAUCUAUGACUCCGACCCGAUGGACUUCGAAGACUCCGACCACGACUUUUUGCCUUUAUUCUACAUGUUGACCGCGUUGGGGUAUGUUUUUCACCAAGAUAUGCACCGUAAAUAUGGGUGCAAAGGAACUCUCAAUCAGGCGAUGCGGCAUGUGAUUGCUGCCCGGAGAAUGGUCAAUCUCGACCACUGCCGGGACCUGCUCUGCUUACAGACUUUGUUGUGCUUUAUCCUAUUCCUCAUGUCCACAGCUCGAUUAGCUACCGCCCACACAUUCAUUGGACUCGCGGUUGCGGCCUCCAUGAGGAUGGGCCUGCACUCCAGGGCCUCCUGUGAUGGGCUGUCCGAACUGGAGAAAGACGUUCGACGACGCGUAUUCUGGACAAUCGUCAAGCUCGACAUCUACAGUGGUACCGUCUUAGGUCUUCCCGGAAUGAUCAACCUUGAUUAUGUGGACCAGCCCAAGCCGAGUGGCCUUGUGCGCGACUAUGAAGACGAGAGCCACGGAGGGUUUGCCUCGGUAACUACGCGGAGGGUCUUUGCUGCGUCCGCUCAAUAUCUCGACGUUCUUUUGAUCAUGGCAAAGGUGACGCAGAAGUUGUAUCCUAAGACUGAUGAAGAGGCUCAUCGAGCCAAUGGAUCGACCAAGAUGUAUGUCAGCAAUGCUGUCAUAUCCGAAAUCGAGGGCGACUUCAAGGCCUGGAGAGAGAGAUUGUCCAGCGCCCUCGGGACCCCGGACGAAAACGAUUCCUUGAGCAGCUGUGUGUAUGAGCUUGAAAUGGUUCACAAUUUUGGCCACAUCAUCCUUUAUCGACCCUUUUUGCACUAUUUGGCAAGGAGCAGGGGCGAGAAUCCUCCCGACCCCAGACUGUUACGGUGCGCGACAUCGUGCAUCAAGAUCUCUCGAUUCACCAUUUCGCGCUCCGAUGCGAUGCUCAAGCAAGGAUUCCUCGCACCGGCCGCAUGGCAAUCUGUCUACACGGUAUUCUUAUCCCUUGUAACACUAGUAUUCUUCCUUGCAACCCAACAUGGAAACAGAGAAUACGCAGCUAUCCAGAAAGAUACAGAAUGUGGUAUUCAGAUCCUCGCCAGUACAUCGUGCUUGGAUAUUGGUUCAAGAAGAUGUUUGGAUGUCUUAAGGAUUCUCACUCGGAGACUAUCACUCGACAUAGACCUGAACAUUGACAAAAUCGCGAGUGAGGCCAAGCCGCUAUGCAGGAGCUUGAGCUGCAGUUCGAAGGCAGGUCUUCCCGGGGAACAUCUGCCAUCGAAUAUUGAUCAGGACGCCAACCCUUCAAGGAAUGACAAGGUUGGCGCGAAGGCGCCCCGGGAGACGUCUGCCAUGCCCAACAAUCAGCGACAAUUUGUUCAUCGCCCUCAACCAACAACUCUGCAAAACCCAGCCAUAAACAUGCUCUCAGCAAAUGUAAACAUGUAUCCGCCACCAUCAUUUCCCUACGCGGCACAGCCUCUCAUGUUGGGACAAUCAAUGGGCGGAACAGGCACUAGCCAAGCCCCCGACUUUGCAAUGUGGGAUCUUGAACAUCCUCAACCCCAGGAAGGGAGGGGGUCGUUUGGUCAUUCAUCAGAAAUGGAGGUGCCGUACACCGAGGGGUUUGCCUGGCCGUUUGAAGUAGCAGGGGGGAACGCAGACAGCAAUCGUUCGCGCCGGCGGGGAUCACGCUCCCAGCCUAUGGGCCAUCCAUUGACCCAACAAGACAUCGCGGCAUUCAUGCGUAUCAACCCGGGAGAGGAACCAUUUCUUUAA